AUGCACCUGCCAGUAGACUUCUACGAACUCAACAUCCCCCACCCCACGCCUCCCCCCUGCCGCUCCUGUCAAACUGCGUCAUCCCCUGCGAGCAGUCAGCACACCGUCCUCCCUGCUGCUGGCACUGCUGCGCGUGGAAUAAAGGACGAGGUGGUGGUGCAGCGGUGCGUGGUGGGCGAGUAUCAGUGGCUGCUGCAGGCGCUGCCGAGCACGGUGCAGCAGGACAAGGUGCUGCUCACACAGGGGGCGGGGCGAGUGGGCUCAGGGACAAUGGAGGGCGGAGGAGUGCAAGGGAAGGAGCGUGCGACUGGAGCUGGUCGUGAUGGCGGUGGUUGGAUGGGGCUGGACGGAGGAUACAGAAGGCGGAUUGUGGUGCGCCUGGGGAAGGGAGGAGGACAGCAGUAG